AAUGGCAGUCUGGAUGUGCCAGACUAUUACUUCGUGGAUCGAGUAAUGCUAGUGAAUCGACUCUACUGACUCUACUCACUUCACAUCCUAGAUCAUAAACUGUCAAACAUAUAAACGGAAAGCAAUGGAUCUAUCAAAAACUCCAAAUGAUAAAAAAUUAUUUCUUUGCCGAUGGUAUUUUCGGGCGGGAUUUGCGAUGCUUCCCUUUCUAUGGGCCGUGAACACAAUCUGGUUUUCAAAACAAGCCUUUGUAGAACCACCAUUUGAAGAACAAAAACAAAUACGAAAAUACGUAAUACUUUCUGCAAUAGGAACUCUGCUAUCUUCAAUAAUUUUUGGAGCAUGGAUUGCAAUAUUUCAAACACAGAGAGCCGCUUGGGGCGAAUUCGCGGACUCUAUUAGUUACAUAAUUCCCACUGGAAUUCCCUGAACGUUCUGCAUAGGUAAUAAAUAAAUAUUUUCAUUCA